CAAACAGAAAUAACUACUUAAUUGAAAAACAAGAACAAUUAUAUAUGCCAUCACUGUAAACUACACUGAUCACUGUGUGUAUAUCUCCCACUCUUUUUACAUGCCCUUUUAUUCUACCUCAUUCUCACACUCUGUGAAGUAUUACAAGUUCAGCUUUUAAAUCUACAUGUACACUAUAUAUAUGCCUUGUUAUGAUUUUUCUCCUGACCAAUUUUCCAUUUUCAUGAAUUGCAGAUCAUGAAUACACCACCAAGAAUGAAACUUGAACCUGUGUACCUAGAUAAACUCACUACUCAAAGUAAGGACUAUAAAGUUAAAGUUACUAUCACUAAAAAGGGAAGAGCUCAGCCUUCUCCUAAAAAGCCAAGUGUGGUUUUUCAAACAAUCAUCUUAGAGGAUGAAAAGAAAAACAAGAUGCGCUGUGCACUGUUUGGAGACCAGAUUGAAGUGUAUGAGGAUGUUCUAAAACCAUCUGGUCAAUAUGAAAUAUCCAAGGCCCCUAUAACAGCUGUGGAAGAACAGUAUAAAUUCAACGAACAAGAACUCCCAUACCAGAUGACAGUCGGACAAAAAACUAUUAUUCAACGUUUAAAUCCAGAAAGUGGACCGAUUGAGCCAAAAUACCAGCCACUGCCAAGUAUUCCACGAUCACCUGAUCCAAAUGGAAGAUUUGAUAUAGUUGGUGUUGUACUGUUUGUUGAAGAGGCACCAAGUCUGAUACCUAAUACACGUGGUUGGGAUAGUCCAGUGCGAGAGAUUUCUGUUACAGAUACAAGCUAAGACCAUGCUAUGACUAUUUCAGCGUGGAAUGACCUCAUAGGCAAACCAUGUGAUGCUAUGAGUAAUUGGGCCGAAAAAUUCAAUGUCGUUGGCUUUACUGCUCUCAAAACCCGACACACAAGAGGAUUCACUCUGAACACAACCAUGUCGACCAGAAUCAUUCUGAACCCUAAAGGACCACGGGCAGAUAUGCUUCGAGAAUGGGUUAGCUUAUAUCAGCAUGUGCUGCAAGACAUGCAAGAAAGAAUUCUCAAUGUCAGAUAUCCAAGUGCUGAAAAGAAAAUUAUAACAAUAACUGAGCUAAGAAGCAAGAAGGCAGCUAAUGCAACACCAGAUGAGGUAGCUUGGAUCAGAGUCACAAUACCAGAGGCCAACUUACAGAGAGUUAAUGCAUACAUAGGGUGUCUUGGCUGUGGAAAACGAUCACAUCUUGCACUUGGGACUUGCUUCCCUUACAUUCUUGCAAGAAAGCAGACAGUACUGUUGCUCAUAAAGUUACUUUCAAGUUCGAAGCUGCUGAUGACAGUGGGACAAUGUCAUUUACAACGUUUAAUGAUGAUACGGAGAAGCUUUUCCGAAGGACAACAGCUGAAAUUUGGGAUAUGAAAAUCAAUGGCAAUUUGGACGCUUUUAGGGUUGUUAAGGAGAGGCUAUCAGUUGAACCUUUUUGUAUUCAAGUAACUCCAACUCUGGAGCUAGCGAGAAACAGUGUUCUAUUAUGGACAUUGAAAUCUGUUGAUGUUGAAGAUGCACGAAAAGUGUCCAAGUGCCAGCUUCAUCAUCUUCGAAUUUGAACAGAGGUCAAUUCCCUUCUACGGCUGGGAAACGGCUUGCAGGACAGCAACUGCUCGUAAGCGAGGUUGCACCAGCUGCCGCAGUUAAGGACCAGGGUAAAGCACCUGCUGGCCCUAGCUUAGAGGGCGAUACUGAUUGCAGUGAGGAGAACACGGAAACAACUGAUGAGGUUCUCGCUGAUUUAGCUCAGUUUCAUGAGUUUAGACUAGCUUCCCAGGCAUUCGAGACAGAUUGUUUUGAUGUCCCGUUUUAGCCACCAGCUAAGGGUAUUACAAUCUCUGAAGCACCGGCACCAGUGACAAAGCUUCCUACAUGGGCCACUCUUGCUCGUGCUCGUAGCAAGGCUAAGAACAAAGAGCCAAUGCCUGCUGAUGAUACACAAGACUUGAGUGAUACAGACGAGGCUCCAAGGAAGAAACUCCGAACAGCUCUUUUCAGAGAGAGUGCAGAGAAAGAAAAUUAGGAAACAAAGAAGCAGCUCGAAAUCUCCUUACUAACUUGCAUAUGAAGCAGAUUUCAAAAGUAUAAGUAUUUAACUCCUUUUGUUGUUUAAGUGUUAGAAUGAAUCAAGUACCAUAGUAUAGUACUUUGCUAAGGUUAAGAUAUCUUUUGGAUGUUUAGCAAGAACAUUUUGGACAUCGUAUGUUCUCUAUAAACAUCAAGUAUAUGCACAGCAGAAAGCUUUUGUAAUAGCAGUUAAUCUGCACUUGUGUCUUAGACACCCAGUUAAGUAGAACUUAAGCCUUUUAUAAUGUACAUAGUACUAGCAGAAUCAGUAUGAUGUAUUAGCUUG